GUACAGCAGCGCCACAGAAAUAUCUGCUGGUUAGCUGCUGGUUAGCACCAAAGAGACCAUGUUAGCACGUUGUCCGACGUGUUUUCGCCGUGUAGCUAACACCUUUCCAUUAUAUGCAGCAUUAUUGAUAAGUUAAUGAUUUUUCGGGGGCACUGUUUGCCAGUAACUAGGAGCAAUGUCGGACAAAAAGCGAAGAAGAGAGAAGGAGGAACGACGUGACCACAAGAGACACAAGUCCUCCAAACAGGAUCUGGAGAAACUCAAAACAAACACGAAGAAACUCAUCCAAGAAGUGAAACAACUGAAACACGUCGAGACGUUCUAUGAGAAACCUCCACCAGGACUCAUCAAGGAGCAUGAGGACAAACCAGAGGACUGUAUUCCUGCUGAACCAGGAAAUGAAGAAGCGAGGAGCUUCCUGGCUCACGCCCCAACCAGAGGGCUGUGGAUGCCUCUGGGGAAGGAGGUGAAGGUGAUGCAGUGUUGGAGAUGCAAGCGCUACGGCCACAGGACCGGAGACAGGGAGUGUCCCUUCUUCAUCAAAGGCAACCAGAAACUAGAGCAGUUCAGAGUGGCUCAUGAAGACCCAAUGUACGACAUCAUUCGGGAAAACAAAAGGAAUGAAAAAGAAACCAGGAUCCAGCAGCUGCAGCAGAUGCUUCAGGACACCACUUCCUCCGACUCUGACAGCUCCUCCUCUUCCUCCUCCUCGUCCGACCACCAUCGCAGCAAGAAAAGGAAAAAGAGGAAGGACAAGAAGAAGAAAGACAAGAAGAGGAGAAAACAGAAACGGAAGCACAAGUCCUCCAAGACCAGUGACUGCUCAGACUCAGAUUGAGUGUUUGGAACAUGCUUAUAUAUAUAAAUAUAUAUAUAUAGGAGGAAGAGACUGAAUGAAGUAGCAGAUCUUAUGCAGUAGUGAAGUGUGUUCUGCAGAGUGCCUCAGUAAGAACUGCACUCUGAGGACCUUCUAAGCCUUUUUUCUGCAGGUUGAAACUGUAAGUCCACUGCGCACGACUUCUCCCAGCCGUUUCACUCUCUCCAGGGUGACAACUUGCAUUUGCAUCCUCUCUGUUUGGCCGUACAGCACCGGGUCUUGUGGCACAGCUGCUUCAGUAAGUGUGUGUACGUGUGCCUCGGCGCAUAUGUGUGUCAAAAAGCAUUAGCUGCAUGGGUAAUGAAUCUUAAGUGAUACGAAAUGAGCCCGCUGGUGUAAGAGAUAGCAUGUCAGCAAAUACACUGUGCUAUUAAGAGAUUGUAUUUUCCACCAUAUUUUUGUACCCCUGCCAUCUCGCUGGUAUUAAAUACUUUGAUUGUAGAGUGUGUUAAACGCAGAGGUGGAAAAAAAAUAGUCCAAAUAAAAUGUUGGAGUACAGUUAGAAUUUGUCUUCCACACAAGCCUGAAUGUUUGAAUGCUUAUGACUGUACAUACAUAUUUGGAAUGAUUUGAGGUUGGAAUAUGCUCGUUACAGAGACGGGGAAAGAAUGUAUGUGAAUAUGCUCCCUUAUUCUGAGAAUAAAGAUGGCUCUCUCUUCUCCAAUGUUUACCCAGCUCAAGGCUGCAAAAACAAAGAUGCUAAUAA